AUGAAUCGGAACACACGGCUCCCAGGGUCCCCCGCCCCCCUCCCUGGCACCCCGCCCCCUCCCAAGCCCAUCCUGGACCCUGGGAAUGGAAGACAAUGUGAGAUGGGGCCCACGCCCCUGUCUGAGGUACAGUCACUACCCCUUGCCCCCCUGCCCCUCUCUGCCAUCUCCUCCACCAAGCUCUGGGUGGUGUGUGUGGCGUACCAGGGUGGGGACAUCCCCACAAUCAGAGCCUUUCUGUCCGUGCCCCUUCCUGACAACUGUGGUCCACCUUGGGAGCACUACUGCUUGCUGGUCACCAUCUACAGGACAGCUGGAGCCAGGAGCUACUGCUGGUCACAGUCGCUGGCGCAGAACCUGCUGGGCACCCAGCAUUUCUCUCUGAGCCUCUCUGUGCACUACCCACCCCAACUGCUGGGCCCUUUCUGCUCCUGGGGGGCUGAGGGUCUGACCUGCAGCUGCUCCUCCCGAGCCUGGCCACCCCCCUCCCUGCGCUGGUGGAUGGGGGAGGCUUUGCUGGAUGGUGACAGCAGCAAUGCCUCCUUCACGGUCACCUCCAGCUCAGCGGGGACCUGGGCCAACAGCUCCCUGAGCCUCCAUGGGGGGCUCAGCUCUGGCCUCAGGCUCAGCUGUGAGGCCUGGAAUGUCCACAGGGUCCAGAGAGCCACUGUCCUGCUGCUGCCAGAUAAUGGCUCCAUCUCCAUAGCAUUCUCCAAAGGAGCAUUUCUGGGAAUCGGUGUCACAACUCUGCUUUCCCUCUGCCUCGUGGCCAUCAUCGUGAGGAUGCUGAGGAAGAAACAGACCCAGGCAGGGACGCCGAGAACCAAGAUCUCACGGGGCAGCACCAUCUUGGAUUACGUUAACGUGGUCCCUAAGGCUGGUUCCCCGGCACAGAAUCAGAAGGCCAAGCCAAGCAGCCCUCCCCGGACCCCUUCUCCAGGCACUCGCCCUCCAGAAUCAAAGAACAGGAAGGACCUACCUCUUGUUUCCCUCCAUUACCCAGAGUCCAAACCAUCUUCCCCAGCCCUGGACUCCAAGAAUAGCUCAGAAGAGCUCCAAUACGCUACUCUCAACUUCCUCAGACCCUGGGAGAUGCAGAGGCACAAGAAGGCCUGUGAGGAGUAUGCUGAAAUCAUGUUCCAAAGAGGGUCUCCCCAGCUGUAG